UCAAGUUUCAUCCGGACGAUUUAUGGGACGCAGCGGUUUCCGGUGUGAAACAAACGGAAGUUUGACAUUGGUCGCGUUUGUUCGGGUUAAAUAUGGUUUCGCUUACAUUAAAUUCGUUAAAACAAAUAAUGAGAACAAUGGUAGAUAAUCCGGGCUUCGACAGAGUGCUGCGCAAGGUGGACAUUUUGUCUGCCAGCCCAGGUAAGGUGGUGUGUGAGAUGCGGGUGGAAGAGGAGCACACCAACCGCGGAGGGACGCUGCACGGCGGGCUGACAGCCACCCUGGUCGAUGUCAUCUCCACCGUGGCUAUCAUGUACAGUGAGAGGGGAGCACCGGGGGUCAGUGUGGAUAUGAAUAUAACGUCACUGUCUUACAGAUAUAUGAAUGCUGCGAAGAUGGGAGAGGACGUCGUCAUCACUGCUCAGGUUCUGAAGCAAGGACGGACGCUGGCGUUUGCUACCGUAGACCUCACCAACAAGGCCACAGGGAAGCUCAUCGCACAAGGAAGACACACUAAACACCUUGGCAGCAGCUAAACUGUCUCCACUCAGUGCCAGUUUGUAAAUCACGAUUGUAUAUUUGUAAUGUUAAAACAAGUGACUGAGUGAAGAUCUAAACUAACCUCUGCCCGUACAGAGUAUUAAAAAUCAUAGAUUGUGUGUAAAAAAAAAAAAAAAAAAAAAAAA